AUGCUGCAAGAGCUUGGUAUCCGCUAUGCUGCUUACAGCCUCAAGGCUGAAUAUUUCCAUUUUGCUGAACAGAUUCUUUUUGAAGUGCUUGCCACCUGGCUGGGAAGCGAUUUUACCAAAGAAGUGGAAUUUGCGUGGAAGAUGGUCUCAGGUUUCAUGGUGGCCACCAUGCUGGCUGGCUUCGUGUGCAGCAAAUGCUGGCUGAAGCUUCAGACGGCUCUGAGGAAAGCACAGCUGUUGGUGAAACAGAGACGGGCUCCAGGAUGGCUUCUUUUUUGCCAGAUGAACAGGAUGCUUUCUGAAGUGAGCCUGCAGCAGAAGAAGAGUUUAGGUCUCAGCUUGCUGGUCGACUGCUGUCUCCUCCAGUUUACAGUUAAGGCAGUUAAGGACUGA